AUGCCCCUGACCAUGACUGGCUUCACCGGUUAUCUGCUUGAUCCUUCCUCUCUCACCAUCCUUGCCACAGCGGGGGCGCUGGGUGUCCUCGUCUGGUAUACGGUUGUUGUCAUAUAUCGAAUCGCCUUCCAUCCGCUGGCGCAUAUCCCUGGCCCGUUCCUUGCCAAAGCAACUAAUUUAUAUUCCUUUUAUUUCAAUGGCAUAUUGGACGGAAAGUUUUAUCUGCAGGUUGAGAAACUGCAUCAGAUAUACGGUCCUGUGGUUCGCAUAACGCCUGAUGAGAUUCAUCUUAGCAACCCAGAACACUAUGAUGAGAUUUAUCAUGUUGGCACAAAGUACAACAAGAGUGCCCCCUUUUAUGAUGCCUUUGGCGUGGACAAGGCGACUUUCACGACGGCCGAUAACAAUAUCCAUCGAAUGAAGCGGGCUGCUUUCAACCCGUUCUUCUCUAGAAAACGAGUCCUCGAACUCGAAGACAUCGUCCAGUCCAAAGCCAAAACUCUGGUGAAGCGUAUAUCUACUGCUCUUGAGUCCUGCGGGGGCAUAGAUCUCCAUCAUGGAUUCAGAGCCAUCUCCAUUGAUGUCAUAAGCGACUACGCCUUUGACAACUGCUAUAAUUUCCUUGAAAAAGACGACUUUGAUGCAGCCUUCUUUGAUAUGAUUCGAGGCUUUGGUCCUAUGUUUUGGCUAUUUCAGCAGGUCCCCUUUAUGCGGCCGAUUUUGCUGGGAAUACCACUCUGGAUGGCGAAAUUGACAAGCCCGGCCUUGACUCGCAUGUUGUUGUUCCAUCAGAGCAGCCGAGAGCAGGUGACCAGGGUCAAACGGCAGGUAGAAGCAAACGAGAAGCCCGAACGGCCAACUAUUUUCCAUCAAUUCCUGAACCCGGAGUUCAUGAAGGGGGAUAUUCCGACCAUCGAGCAGUUGAAGGAUGAAGCGUAUAUCGUCGUUGCUGCGGCGGCCGACACGACAGGAAACGCCAUGACGGUGGCACUGUAUCACACAGUUUCUUCACCAAAGAUAUAUGCAACCGUGACAGCUGAACUGCGCGAAGCAUUCCCCGACCCAGACGGAGAUAUCGACCUAGUCACCCUUGAGAGGCUACCAUAUUUCAAUAGUAUCAUCAAGGAGGCACUGCGCCUUUCAUAUGGCGUUGUUGGGCGACUUCCAAGAGUUGUCCCAGAACCAGGGGCUCAAUUCGAUGGAUAUGAGGUACCAGCCGGCACGAUUGUCGGCAUGAGUUCAUGGACCAUGCACCGAAAUCAGGAAAUUUUCCCUGAUCCCGACAAAUUCGAUCCGUCACGCUGGCUAGAUCCGGCAGCUAGCACCGAACUGGAGAGAUUUCUCGUGGCAUUUAGCAAAGGGUCCCGCGCCUGCGUUGGCAUGCAGUAA